AUGCUAAUUCUUAGUUCAAAAAAAGUUGUAUCUGUCUCGUCCAAACAAACCCAUAAAAUUCCUACAAAUUGUAGGGAAGAGGAAGACAUUAUAAAAGUAGAAAUGGUUAGCGACAGUGGACAGGAAAAGAAAAAACAAGAGAGAGUAGAAGAAAUUUAUUAUGCAACAUUUAAAUGUAGAGAAAAGGAUAAAGAAAAAAUAGGCAAAGAAGUCAGUGGUGAGAUAAUAGGAUCGGAAGAAAAAAAGGGACAAGACAAAGGAUACGAGAUCAGUGGUGCGGCAUUUGAUUCAAUUAUAAUUCCUUUAGAUAAAGAUUUGUUAUUUGAUUUAAAUAAUUUUGAAGAAAUAUGUGAUGAUCUAGAAGUUUUGGACGAGACAGACGUCAAUGUCGACAACAGCAAACAUAAAAUAACCAAUAGAAAGCGAAAUUGCAUUCAAGAAGAGAAGUGGGAAAUUAAAGCACAAAAGAUACCUAAAUUAAAUACAGAAAAAGAAAAUAUUUUUCCAAUAAAUCAGAAAAAGUCUAUUAGAAAUGUCGUCAGCCGUCACUCUGAGUGCCAUAAAUGUAAAAUUCGAACAUCAUUGCAAUUAAUGAAAAAAUGUAUUGCGUGGUCAAGCAAGAUGGUGCGAAAUUAUGUUCGCAAAACAGACAGAGGGACAUAUCCAAAAGAAAAAUUGCUAGAAGCCGUAGAAAGAGUCAAGAACGGAGAUUUAUCAGCUUAUAGAGCCUCUAUAGAAUAUGGGAUUCCACGAACUACCAUAGUAGCAAGAGUGUACGACUGA